AUGGAUAUCCGCCUCCUCACAAACGCAGACUUGCCCCUCAUUCAGCACGCAAACCUCGAGAACUUGCCCGAAAACUACUUCCUCAAGUACUACCUUUACCAUGCUCUCUCGUGGCCCCAGCUAAGCUACGUCGCCGUCGAUGUCUCAAGGACCAAGAAGGAUCCUUAUGAGUACCCUAAGAUCGUCGGAUAUGUCCUUGCAAAGAUGGAGGAGGAGCCUUCAGACGGUAUUCCUCAUGGUCACAUCACCAGUCUGAGCGUUAUGCGCACACACCGAAGACUCGGUAUUGCUGAGAAGCUGAUGCGCCAGAGCCAACUUGCCAUGGUCGAGACAUUCCAGGCCAAGUACGUCUCCCUGCACGUCCGUGUUUCCAACGCCGCUGCCCGCCAUCUCUACGAGAACACACUUGGUUUCACCAACGAGAAGACCGAGUCCAAAUACUACGCCGACGGAGAGGACGCUUUCUGCAUGCGUCUAGACCUUGGUGAUAUCAAGAAGCAAGUCGACGAGUCUCUUGCAGAGGAGGGAGACGAAGCUGCGGACGAGGGUGACGCCGUGGGUGAGGUUGGCCGCGAUCCUGAAGCUGGCAAGGAUAAGGAAGGCAAGAAGAUCAAGGUCGCUGUGGGGAGAGCAAAGGGGGUUUCGUCACUAGUGGAAAAGGACGAGUCGAAGCACUAA